AUGACGGGAAACAUUCGCAGCUCUUCACGCAGACUGGCUCCUCCUCAGACGCGAAGGAUGAGAACCGUUCUCCAUCGUCUUCACCGAAACGUCGAGGCCUUCCGGCGUCCAGCAGACCUAAAUGGCGGUUCCGGCACCCCCAGCGUCCCGCCCCAAUCUCGAGGAGACUCGCGCUCUGUCGCCCUUGCACCCACACACCUCUAUCCCUUCCCCUUCCGUUCCCCGUCCCCUUUGCGUCCCCUCGCCUUCGUUGUGGCCGCCACGACUGUCGAUGCUCUAGAUUCAACGAAAAUGACAAGCUCGGACAUCAAGCUCACCAUCGGCGCACUGCAGGUCGCAGUCACCAUCACGGGAUACCUGCUUGGAUGCUCGGCAGUCCAGACGUAUGUGUAUUUCAAGAACUAUCCGGGCGAUCAGCAGAGGAUCCAGUCGCUGGUUAUGCUACUAAUGCUCAUCGAGACGGCUCAGCAAAUAUGCUUAACGCACGCCGUAUUUGUGCUUUCGAUACAAAAUUGGGGAAACGACGAUGCACUACUGCAUAUACCAAAGUCCUUGACGGCGACGCUCGUAUUGACAGCAUGUGAUGCAUUGCUGGUCGAGUGGUUUUACUUCUGGCGGAUAUACAAGCUCAUCGCGCGCAAAUGGCCGAGCAUAAUCGGCGCCGCCCUCUCCGUCGUGCGCUUCGCCGGCUGGAUGUUCUUCACCUCCCAAUCUACGCACAUUGGGUUCGCCUCUCAAACGCUGGUGGAGGAAUGGAAGUGGCUGAUCGUGACGCUGCUGGUGGGGUUGUUCGUGAAUAACGGGUUCAUCUCGGGGACGAUUCUGGGGAUGUUCUUGAGGAGUCGACCUGGGGCGAUGAGUCGGACGAAGUUGUUGCUCGAUCAGCUCAUUACGUGGACAAUCGAAACUUGUCUGAUCACCGAAUUAAUAUACAUCGCAGUGAUAAUUCUGUUCGUUACGCUCAGGGACUCAUUCGUGUGGUUAGUUGUACUCGCUUGCGGCAUCAAAGUCUCAUCAAAUUGUCUCCUCUCUUCGUACGCUUCUGUUCUGCCUUCCUCCUGCGCUCGUCUGACCGCCCGCCCGAUAUAUUCCGUGCUUUCGUGCUUUUUGGAAUGCAGCUUGAACAACCGCCAGCCUAUGCACCCUCCAACCGAACCGACGUUCGGCGCGUCAAUAAACCACGACUUCCCGCUCAUCAUCACCGUGGACACGGCGAAUGAAACACGUCGCGACCACGACACGGCGAGCGAAUUCACGACCGCGCCCAACUCGGUGCUCGCGCAAGAGAUCAAAUGA